AUGGCCCCUCCAUCGCGGGACCCAUUGAGCAGACUGCUCUCGUCGCCAAUAUUUUCACUCUUAUGCAUUGUUUAUCUCUUUAGCUCGACGGCACUGGCUGCGUCUGCGGUUUUGGGAGUUGAUUUAGGGACGGAAUAUAUCAAAGCAGCUCUGGUCAAGCCUGGAAUACCACUCGAAAUCGUCCUGACAAAGGAUUCACGGCGGAAAGAAGCUUCGGCGGUUGUUUUCAAGCCUGCGAAGAAUCCAAAGGCUGGCGAGUUCCCGGAACGAUUAUAUGGCUCCGAUGCCUUGGCGUUGGCAGCAAGAUUUCCUGGAGAUGUAUACCCAAAUCUGAAGGCCUUGUUGGGCUUGGGGGCAGACAAUUCGGUGGUGAAGGAGUACGCCUCGCGGCACCCGGCAUUGAAGUUGGCGACAGACAAGACUAGAGGAACGGUAGCUUUCAAGAGCGGUGCUUUCACACCAGAAGAGGAAGCAUGGACGAUUGAGGAAAUUCUGGCUAUGGAACUACAAAGCAUACAGAAGAACGCGGAAGCACUUGCAGGAAGAGGCAGUUCAGUCAAGGACUUGGUCAUCACCGUACCACCAUUCUAUACGGCAGAAGAGAGAAGAGCUGUUGAAUUGGCUGCCGAUUUGGCUGGGUUGAGAGUUUUGGAAUUGAUCAGUGAUGGAUUGGCUGUUGGGUUGAACUACGCUACAUCAAGACAGUUCAAGAGCGCCAAAGAUGGUGGGACUCCUGAACACCACAUGGUAUUUGAUAUGGGAGCUGGAUCAACCAAAGCAACUAUUCUGAAAUUCCAAGGACGAACCGUGAAAGACGUCGGGAAAUUCAACAAGACCGUUCAAGAGGUUCAGGUUCUCGGUGUUGGUUGGGAUAGAACACUUGGAGGUGAUGCACUUAAUGCAGUCAUCAUGGAUGAUAUGAUUUCUCAAUUCGUUUCUUCACCAGCAGCUAAGAGCGUUGCACCAACCGUUGAAGCUGUCAAGGCUCAUGGGAGAGCAUCUGCGAAACUUCUCAAAGAAGCCGAGCGAUUGAGACAUGUUCUCAGCGCUAAUGCUAACACUCAAGCCGGAUUCGAAGGACUCUACGAAGAUAUUGAUUUCAAAUACAAAAUCACCCGAGCUGAGUUUGAGAAAUUGGCUGAACCUCAUGUUGCUCGCAUUUCCGUUGCGAUACAAAAGGCGUUGGAUAUGGCUAAUCUUGAAGCCAAGGACCUCGAUUCCGUCAUCCUCCACGGCGGCGCCAUUCGCACACCCUUCGUCCAACAAGAGCUUGAGAAAUUCUUAGGCUCGGCCGAUAAAGUACGCACCAACGUCAAUUCCGACGAGUCUGCUGUCUUUGGUGCUGUAUUCCGUGGAGCCGGUUUGAGCCCUUCCUUCCGAGUCAAGGAGAUUAGAGCUCUUGAAGCUGCUGUUUAUCCAACCGGUAUCAAAUGGACCAACAUCUACGACAAACCUCAACACGAGAGACUGUGGGAAGCCAAGUCCCUGGUUGGAGUUGAGAGAAAAUACAUAUUCAAAAACCAAAAGGACUUUCCAAUCAAGUUCUAUCAACAUGUUCCAUCUUCUGAGAAUGUUUCUCCUGGAUCUGCUGAGAAAGAGUUGCUCACUUUGACAACUCAGAACUUGACUGAAUCCCUAGCUCAUCUCAAAGAGAAGUUUAGCUGCUCUGAUGGCGACAUCAACCUCAAGCUCAGCACUCGUCUUGCAGUUAACAAUGGUCAAGUCGAGAUUGUCAAGUUGGUUCUUGAUUGCGAGGUCGAAGAAAGUGAAGGCAAAGCUGGUGCUUUCGAUAGUGUAAAGAACAUGCUUGGAUUUGGAAAGAAAGAUCAAGCUCCAUUGACUGACGAGGAAGAGGCUGAGACCGUUUCGAGCUCGGCUACCUCAUCAAGCAGCUCCACCAGCUCAUAUGCGUCAGCUUCCGCAUCAGGGAAAGACGCAAAGAAGGAUGCUAAAUCCAAAGACAAAGAUGCCAAGAGCAAGGAUAAAGAUGCAAAGCCAAAGAUCGUGAAGCGAUUCGAGAUUGUUCCUAUCAAAUUCACAAUCGAGAAAAACGGUCUUCCUCAGAUUCCAGAAACUGAAUUGACAAGAAUGAAGAGCAGAUUAUCUGCUUUUGCUGAUUCCGAUCUUUCCCGAAGACGUCGCGAAGAGGCAUUGAAUCAAUUGGAGGGAUAUACUUACAAAGUUCGGGAUUUCCUGGAGAAGGAAGAUUUCAUCGCCGCGUCAACCGAAGAGGAGAGAUCUAGUCUUGAAGCCAAGUCGGCGGCCGCUAGCGAGUGGAUCUACGGAGAUGGUGCACACGCCAACCGUGAUGAAUUCAAGGCCAAGUUGAAGGAGAUGAAGGAUAUCGUCGAGCCAAUUCAACUUCGAAAGACUGAAGCUGUUGCUCGACCAGAACAACUCAAACUUCUCCAAGAGUCACUGAACCAGACUCAGUCUAUGAUCGCUGGUAUUAAAGAGCAAAUCGCUAACGACACCAAGAACCACGAGGCAUUUACAUCGUCAAAACUUGCUGCCUCAAAAGCCACCCCACUCCCAUCAUCAUCGACCAAGGAGGCAGACGACUUUGACGGCCUUGAGGAUGAAGCUACCGCCUCAGCAACAGUAGAGCCAGAAGCAGAAGAAACCAUGGCACCAUCAACAUACGUCGAAGCAGACAUCGUCAGACCUCAAUCCCUCUACGACGAAAUCACUGUCUGGCUUACCAAAAAACUCUCGGAGCAAGAAAAGUUAUCCGAGACUGCUGACCCAGUCCUGCUCUCCAAAGACCUGGAAUCACGUUCCAAACAACUCCAGGAAGUCCAGGUCGAACUCAUCAUGAAAAGCAUGCAACAACCAUUCAAAUCUUCUCGACCACCAAAGAGCAAAAAGCCAUCACCAAAACCCAAAAAGACCAAGUCUGCAAAGACGAAGACUACCUCGACCGAGGCGGCUGAGAAGACUGCGGCUGGAGAUGAGCAGCCAAUGUUCCAGGUUGGCGAAGAUGGGAAACCCAUCUUCAAGGUUGGUGAGGACGGUAAAAUGCCGAGCGAGGAGGAGAUUUUGGAGUUUAUUGAGAAGAGUAAGAAGGAGAAUGCUGGGAAGGCAGAGGGGAAGCAUGAUGAAUUGUGA